AUGAAAAAUAGUUGGAUCGUCAUUUAUGAUAAUUCAGCAUCCACAACCAUCGUUUUUGUCUCUGAUACCAUAACAGAAGUCUGUGGUUGGACACCAGAGGAGCUUUUGGGUCAACCAGGUUCAGAACUGAUUCAUCCCGAAGAUCAACUUAAUUUAUUAAAGAUGCAUACUGUCAACAUCGUAAAAGAAAGAAUGGCCACUAUGGUGUCUUAUAGAUUCCUGCGAAAAGAUCGCAGUUACAUCACAGUUGAAUCGAUCAUCAACUAUUGUUACAACUUAUUAAUUGUAGCAAACUACAUCUAUGACGAAAAUGGACUAGAUCAUCGCAUGAGAGUAAACACGGUUGACGAAGUGUUCAUCUGUCAACCAGGUGGAGCACUCAAAUUAGCCGGUGCUUGGAAUGAAAGGAAAGAAAAUGUUCUGAGGAUUAUCAAGACAGCUCAACUCUGGGGUGGAAACAUGUCAUUUUCUUCAGAAAAACGAUUUUGCUUAAUCCUUAACCGAUUCACUGAUCUUUUAUAUAUUGUCUAUGCCACCGACAUGAUUGAAGAGUUGGUUUCCUUACCCAUAUCGGAAGUUGUCGGGCAAUCGAUCUUUGAUUUUGUGAAUGAACAUGAUAUACCCGCGCUUAAGGCACAUAUAGACAUGGCAAAAGAACACAGCUUGGUCGCACGACUACGGUUUGACUGGGUUAUAGAUCGAAAAUCAUCGCUAUCAGAGCCGAUGGAAGGUAUAGUCACUAGUACUGAUGAUGGCAUUGUCAUGGUUUUACGACUAUCACCAAGACUUAUUAUGCCUAGAUCUAAAAAAUACUGUUAA